CUCGUGAAAAGCUGUGACAAUGGCGCCCCGUACGAACCCUCCUAUUGUGGUCCAGUCCAGUCUAUUUAUAAAGAGCAGACGCGGUGCAAGAGGUCAGUCAACGCGAGGUGACGCCAACUCAGGAACAAAAGGAGAAUGCCAGCGGUCCACCACGAGCACUGCGAAAAGUGUUACGCCGUCCACUGCCAGGCGCCGCCGCAGCUCUCCAAUGGCUGCGUGGUCGUCCGAUGCCCCAAUGACUGCGGCGCCUCCAUGCACGCUUGCAAGGAAGAUGAGCACCACCUCCUGUGCCCGAAUGAAACGGUGACCUGCAUCAAUGCCGACUACGGUUGCCCGCUGAGCAUGCCGCGCCAUCGGCGGGCCCACCACUUGGAGGCGUGCCCCGCCAGCGUGGUCAGCUGCUCACAGGAGUGGAACCGCUGGCCCGUUUCUGACAACGACCUGACUUUCUACAGGAACGUGUCCCAACAAAGCGAGCGCAGCCUCGAUGUCGCCUUGGCGCUGAGGGAUCAAGAGCUGCUCUUUAGGUCUAUCAAGAUGAAGACGAUUUUCCCCGAAUUGACAUUGACAGAUCCAGAGGAAUUAGAUGUUGGGGUCGCAAGUGGAGAUUCAUGUUUAGCCUCCGGUGGAUGUACACAAAAUGGCUGCAUGAGGGUAGAGGAAGAGGAAGCAAGUGAUGUGGUAAGGGAUGUGUUAGACAUGGAAAGUCUUCAGAACUACAGCUCCUGGGAGAAAAUAUUCAAGAAGGAGAUGGGUGGUUGCGAGCAGACCAGCAAGAAUGUCACCAAAAAAACAGAGAGCGGAAUGAAAAUCGAUCCAAGUGGGGCAAGUUCCUCAUGCGGGAACGGGGUAUCUGGCCUGGCGCCGUGGCAGGACGGUGUCCUGGAGAGGUUAGGCAAGGAGGCCAACAUUACCGAGUACAACAUGUACCUGGUGCACAACGGAGCCAUGCUCAUCAACUUCGGACAGCUCGCCGCCUGCACCCCGAGAGAAAAGGACUUCGUUUACGGAAGCCUGGAACCCAUCGAGGUGAAGUCCGUCCGCUCAUUCAACAUUCCCAGCAGCUAUCGGGCUAAGCGCUACCACCUGAAAGACCCCAGUCGCAAGAUUAAGGUUGCGCACCAGAGCGUGGACACGGUGGACCUCAACGCUUCUGCGGAGGAGCUCCCGAAGUGCGAUGAGGUGGGCGCCACACUGCUGUACUGUCUGGAGAAAGAAUUCAAAGGCCAUCUCAUUUCGGAGAGUACCGGCACAGACGGGCUGUACGUCAACGUUGGGACACAAACGUACGACUUUGAUUCUGCGCCAUUCGCGGCUGAGGCGUCGCUCGCCGACGUCGUUGCCAGCAAACCGCAAUUUCUGCACGUCCGCACCGACGUCGAAUCAGUCACUCGGCGACACAAUAAGACAAGCUCGUCCUUCAGCUACAAGUGCGGCCUCUUCUUCCGCCGCGAUGAAUACCCCUCGCACUUCAGAAACGUCCAUUCCGACAUCCAAGCCGGCCUCAGUGGCUGGUUCUUGCAACGUUGCCCCCUGGCAUACCUUGGCUGCACUUUCACACAAACUAGAAUUCACCCAGACGGUCAAGCAGCCGAGGUCAAAUACCACAACGUUGUCGACAAGCUGGUCAUUCGGCCAGAUGUCCCCUGGGAGCUUCUUCAAGAUGUCAAAGCCCCACGUUACCCGGAUCCUCUGAGCAGACUGCCCCUGGAGAUCCUCCAGCACGUCGCCAGAUACCUGGACACAUUCACCUUGUCGCAGUUGGCGCAGGUGUCGUGUCGCAUGAGGGAAGUGUGCGCCACUUUGUUACAAGCCCGAGGGAUGGUGUCCCUCAAGUGGGAGAAGAAGACAUACUCCCAUGGGGGGAGCGGCUGGAAGAGUCGUAAGAAAGUUUGGGAGUUCAGCUCACUGUUUUGCCCAGUGGAGCGAUGGCGCUUCACCGACUCGCCCUCCAUGGCGGACCACCUCCGAACGUGCCCCUUCUACUUGAGAGACGACCACACCGAGCCUGUGGCAUUGAGGGGCCUGCGGGAUGUUAGCAAAGAGGCUAGACAAUAGAUAUACUAUGAACUGUACUGCAAUUCCCCAGAUACAUAUGGUUAACUUAUCUAAUUUAGAGGUCCUCAACCAGCAGGCUGCUGACCGGUACCAGUCCGUAGACCAUUUUGUACCGGGCUGCAAAGAAUGAAUA